AGCUCGCAAGCCUACGGCACUGGUCCCGAUACGCGUCGAGUUCGAGACUGACACACAUCGGAUACGAGAUUGUUUUGUCUGGAAUAUGAAUGAAACGCUCAUCAAGCCAGAGGCCUUUGCACGGACGUUUUGCAGCGACUUGGAUUUGCCUGCGAUACCGUGGGUGGACACGGUCACGAACCAGAUACGCGCACAGCUGGAGGAACACGAAGGGGUGGCGUCCAUGGAUUUGAGGGGCGCCAUGGAUAUCGACAUGGAUGACGAAAAUGGCGAAGAAAUUCCGGAAUGCCGCGUCGUUCUCAGUAUUGAUGUACAAAUAGCGACGCAUCACUUGCUUGAUCAUAUCGAGUGGGAUCUUCUUUCGGCUCUGACCCCGGAAGCAUUUUCUCAGCAGCUCUGCAGUGAGCUUGGAUUAACGGGGGAGGCUAUUCCUCUGAUUGCUCAUGCCAUACAUGAAGAACUAGUGAAACACAAAAGAGAUGCUAUCGAAUGGGGCGUCAUUGGUGGAGAUAAGGACCCCGCAGAAGAACCAGCGCCGGAUAAACCACGCGAUAAGAGUGGGCUGAGCUUGUUGAAGGAUAAGACGGGACUGGGUCUGGGCUGGGGUCGCACACCCAAAGAGGGACGAGGUCCAAAAUUGUUGAAAAGUAUCUGGCGAGAUUGGCCGGAGGCAGAAGAGUUCAGGACGAAGUUUGAGAUUCUGAGCGCUGAGGAGGUGGAAAGGAGGGAGGUGGAAAGAGAGAGGGCGAGUCGACGAUUGCGGCGGGAAACAUCGAAAUUCCAAAGUAGCACCCGAAGCAGGAGACGAUAGAAGUGUUCAGGUUCCGUUGCAGUGAUGUAGUUCUUUGUCGUCGUGCCGUCUAUUCUUCCGGUACGAGUGAAUUGGGGGGAGGAGGAAUAGUGAAAGUUGUGUAUAUCAGGAAUGCACGGUGGAAAUGAGGAGGACGUACUGCGAUCGAUGUCAGGGAAAAGUGAGGAAAGGCAAGAGACGUUGGAAGUCAUUCAUUUUAGGAGCGGGGGGUUGAGAUGUGGUAUUCAUCUCGAAGACAGUUAACGUUUGGAAAAUAGAAUGUAUACGGUGAGAAGUGACUGCACCGAUCAUGAUGCAGGGAGGGGCGGUUUCCCCACAGGAGCCCUGUACCAGUGAGCUUCUGGACAGGCGCAGGGCGAUGUCAAAGACUAGCAUAAUUGAGAAGAGGGUGAUACAUGAACUGUACACGCAGGACACAUGGAAGGUGAUUAUCGCUCGUAAGAAGCGAUGAGAUAAGGUGGUCUAUCACACAAGAUGCGGGGUACCCUUCAUAUAAGCACGAAAAGAAAGAAAAAAACAUGAGAGCACCCAUAUGUCACCAGCGCAGCCGGCACAGCAUUCACCGCAGGACACAGCUUGCCUCGAGAUUGCAUUGCUUCCCCACGUUCAGCUCAUCACACCACGCUUUCCACGUUUCGUAAAGUCGCCGUGGUCCUCUUCAUUUGUCGCCUGCUCUUCUUUAUGAUACUCCUCUUCUUCAUACAAAUCACCAUCACCACACGCUCUUACCCCGGACUUUUCAUCACAACAUCCACUUCCAGGCCUCACCCAUACAAAGGUGUUUUAAUACAUUUCAGACCCGACUCCACGAGUGAACCCCAUUCCAUCCAUCCUUAACUACCCUCCCGUCUCAUACUCCCUUCCUUACAUCACCGUGCCUGCUUCCCCUUUCUCUGCUUAUACUCCCUCAUCCGUCCAUCACCUUCCCCGCCAUGCAUCAUGU